CCAAAACUUUCUGUAUUCUAUUAUGGUAAAUAGUUCCAAGCUUAGUUCCUAGGCAAUUUCUUGUCUUUAUAAUAUUUUCUUUGGUCUAUUUUCAUUGUAAAUACCAAAAAAAAAAGACAAGAAAGACUAGUAAAAGUAAUUUUUUGACUAAAUUGUCUAUAUCGGAGUUAUUAAAUAUGAAUGUCAACAUUUCGUUGAGAGCUAUAUCUAAAUUACAUGUUAAGCAAGCAAGCAAUUUCUUGAUAAAUGGUCGAAGAUUUAUAUCAACUUCCCGUAUAUUAUGCCAAGAACCAAUCAAAAAUAAAAGCAAAGAAAAGGUUUCUUUUCCAGGAGCCACAGGAAGUUAUUUUACCAAUGAAAUACGGUUUAUUCAGAGUAUUGAUCCUAUACCAACUUACCGUGUAAUGGAUAGGCAAGGGAAAAUAACUGAUCCAUCACAGGAUCCACAGGUAUCUGAAAAUUUUGCCGUAAAAAUAUAUAAAGAUAUGAUCACGUUAAAUAUUUUGGAUUUAAUUCUUUAUGAUGCUCAAAGACAAGGUCGUAUUAGCUUUUAUAUGACAAAUUUUGGUGAAGAAGCUUGUAUUGGUAGUGCAGCUGGAUUGGACAAUGAAGACAUGAUAUUUGGACAAUAUCGUGAAGCGGGAACAUUAUUAUAUCGAGGAUUCACAUUAGAUGAACUAAUGAAUCAAUGCUAUAGCAAUGAAAAUGAUUUGGGCAAAGGUAGACAAAUGCCAGUACACUAUGGAUCCAAAAAAUUAAAUUUUCAAACAAUCUCUUCACCGCUUGCAACACAAAUCCCACAAGCAUCUGGUGCUGCUUAUGCUCUUAAAAGAGCAGGAAAUAAAAAUUGUGUAAUGUGUUAUUUUGGUGAAGGCGCAGCUAGCGAAGGAGACUUUCAUGCUGCGCUAAAUAUCGCGGCUACAAUGAAAUGUCCAGUUAUUUUCUUCUGUCGAAACAAUGGCUUUGCAAUUUCUACUCCGGCACUUGAGCAAUAUAAAGGUGAUGGUAUUGCUAGCCGGGGGAUUGGUUAUGGAAUCGAUACGAUACGUGUCGAUGGGAAUGAUGUAUGGGCCAUAUAUAAUGUGACUAAAGCUGCUCGAAAAUUAGCAGUUGAGGAAAAUCGACCAGUUUUAAUUGAAGCAUUGACAUAUAGAAUUGGACAUCACAGUACCUCAGAUGACUCUUCAGCAUAUCGUCCUAAAAAAGAAGUUGAAGAUUGGAAACGCCUUGAUAAUCCGCUUGUACGACUUCGAAAAUGGCUAGAAGAUAAGAAUUGGUGGAACGAAAACUUUGAAAAUGAAUAUCGAUCUUCGAUCAGAAAAGAAAUUUUAACCGCGUUUUCUAAAGCAGAAAAACUACAUAAACCAUCCAUUACUGAACUUUUUAAUGAUGUUUAUGACCAUCCAACACCAAAUAUAAUUGCUCAAAGACAAAAAUUGAAACAACUGAUUGAGAAAUAUCCAAAUAACUAUCCUUUAGAAAAAUUUAAAAAUAAAGGCAAAGAUUUGUGAGAAAUAUUAAUAGAUAGUAGAUUUUUAGAUUAUAUUUAAUUUAGUUAUCGUAAUUUUAAUAAAUUUAAUAUAAAAUUUUGUACUACAACCUGAAAAAAAAUCACACUAAUGGGCGUGUCAAAUUGCUGACCUUUCCUUGUAGAAGGAGACCGGAAUAUCACUUGACAGGCGUUCCAUUUA